AUACUAACGCACUAUUCUUGUGGAAAUAUGUACAAAAUAUUCCGAAAAUUGUUCUAUUCAACGUGAAACGACUAGCCGGUAUGAAAGCAAAUCAUAUUAAUCUCUGACAUUUCUACAAAAAUAAGCCAACGCCGCCAAGAAUGAAGUGUCACUUGCACGACGAUGGUCAUACAUGAUUUCAAAAGUCCGUGCGUUGUUUUAUCAUCAUGUAUCGCAUAAGGAAUGUAAAAAGUUUAUCGCUUUCCCUAAUAAAUAAACAUUAUAAUUGCCAUCGGAAAAGUUCCGGCUACACGAUAACAACAAAUGAUUCGGAGCAAUCCGUGUCCAUCGAUAUUGGAAAUGAUAAAAAUGUGAAAUUGUCAACGGGAAAAUAUGCUCGAUUUGCGAGUGGAACGGGCGUGUGUCAGAUGGGCAAUACAUCGAUGAUGGUGACAGCUGUUUCAAAGGAUGCGCCGAGUUCAUCGAGCGCAAAUUUUAUGCCUUUAACCGUUGAUUUUCGCCAAAAAUAUGCAGCCGCCGGACGUAUUCCAACCAAUUUUCUGCGAAGAGAGUUGGGUGUGUCUGAGAGAGAAAUCCUAUCGUCACGUAUUAUCGAUCGGUCGGUUCGGCCAUUGUUUCCAGCUCAUUUUACGUGCGAAACGCAAUUGGUUUGCAAUAUGCUUGCCCUUGACUCGAUUUACGCACCGGAUGUGUUGAGUAUAAAUGCGGCAUCGUUUGCAUUGGCCAUCAGUGACAUUCCAUGGAAUGGGCCAGUCGGUGCUGUUCGACUGGGAUUGAUUGACGACAAAGUUAUAUUGAAUCCAUCGCGUUUAGAACUACAGUCAUCCCGCUUAGAUUUGGUUGUGACAGGCACCAAAGACAAAUUAAUUGUUAUGAUUGAAGGCAAAGCCAAUUCCGUUCCGAUGCCAUAUGUAAUGAAGGCAAUCAGUACCGGUACUAAAGCAUGUCGAAAAAUUUGUACGGCAAUUGAAGAGUUUCGAUUGAAAUAUGGCAAACAAAAACGUGAGGUUAAAGUGCCCGAAACGGUUAAUCCGGAGAUCACUGAUGCGGUUCGAUCAAUGUGCGAAAUGCGAUUGAACGAAGUAUUUCAAAACUAUACACACGACAAAAUGAGCAGAGAUCUGGCAGUCAAAGAGAUACGAGAGGAUGUUGUCAAUCGAGUGUGGUCUAGCUAUCCAAACGUUGAUCCAUCAGCAAUUACUGAAAUUUUCAAUACAAUUCUCAAAAGCAUAUUUCGCGAGCUAAUUUUCCAGAACAAAAGAUGUGAUGGACGAGCGUUAGACGAUCUUAGGCCGAUAUCAUGUGAAGUAAAUUUACAUGAGCCAUUGCACGGGUCCUCAUUGUUUCAACGAGGUCAAACUCAAGUCAUGGCCACCGUUUCCUUAGAUUCCAUUGACAGUGCCAUGAAAUUGGACACAAUGUCAUCAAUAAAUACGGGUGUUAAAUCGAAAAACUUUUUCCUUCACUACGAAUUCCCACCAUAUGCGACUGGAGAAAUUGGCCGAGUAGGCGCCGUUGGGAGACGUGAAAUCGGUCAUGGAGCACUUGCCGAAAAGGGAUUACUUUCAAUUAUUCCACAAGAUUACCCAUUCGCGGUGCGAUUGACAUCCGAAGUAUUGGAAUCAAAUGGUUCAAGUUCAAUGGCAACUGUAUGCGCUGGAUCAAUGGCGCUUAUGGAUGCAGGUGUACCGAUUUCAGCGCCAGCAGCUGGAAUCGCUAUGGGUUUAGUAACCAAAUAUAAUCCAGAGAAUCCAACGGAGUUAACUGACUAUCGAAUUUUAACAGAUAUUUUAGGGAUUGAAGACUAUUUAGGAGAUAUGGAUAUGAAAAUAGCAGCAACAAGAGAAGGCCUAACAGCGAUACAGGCAGAUAUCAAAACGCAUGGACUACCAAUGAAAGUGGUUGCAGAUGCCGUCGAUCAAUCAAUUAGGUCAAAGAAUAAAAUUUUAGAUUUAAUGGAAAAAUGUAUAAGAAUGCCGCGGCAAGCGCGAAAAGAGUGUUGGCCGGUGACCAAAGAGAUGAAUAUCGAUCCGGGACAACGGAGCCAAUUGUUCGGUCCCGGUGGUAUGAAUUUGAAGAAAAUCUUCCUGGAAACGGGCGUUCAUUUAACUGAAACCGAACCAAAUGUAUUUAAUAUUUUUGCGCCAUCGCCAAUGUCGUUAAACGAGGCGGAGGCGCUCAUAAAAGAGCUAUUAGCGUCAAAGACAGUGCCGAAUUUAGAAUUUGGUGGGAUUUAUGUGGCGAAAAUUGUGGAAAUGAGGGAAAAUGGUGUGAUGGUCACUCUCUACGAUGGCAUGAAACCAACACUUAUUCAUGUAGCACAGCUGGAUAGUAGGCGUGUUGCAAAUCCGGCAGCAUUGGGAUUCGAAGUGGGUCAAGAAAUCAAAGUGAAAUAUUUUGGCAAUGAUCCUGUUUCGGGAUUUAUGCGAUUAUCACGGAAAAUGAUAACGAAUACGGCCACCGAUGUAACAAUAAACCUUACCAAAUAAAA